AUGAUCAGUGCCAUUUUGGCAAUAUUCCUCUUAUCUGUUUAUUUUCUCUUAAGAAGGAAGUUAUGGAGUGGGCACAAAUCCUUAAGACCUCUUCCAACACCACCUGGUGCAAGAUUUUUUUAUGGUCAUUAUGGAAGACUCGGCACAAUGCCUCACGAAACGUUUACUCGAUGGAAAGAAGAAUUGGGUAGCGAUAUCUAUAGUAUCAAGAUGGGUCAAAGUAAUUGGGUGAUUUUAAAUUCCGAUAAAGCUAUUGGAGAAUUAAUACAAAAACGUGGGGCUAUUUAUUCAUCUCGCCAUGACUCCGAGUUAAUUUUCAGAAUUCUUUCAAGAGGAAAAUCUCUUGGAAGUAGCCCGUAUAAUGACCAUUUUCGAAAACUUCGGGCCAUCGUUGCCAAUUUUCUUUCAGUUCAAAAGAUCAAAUAUUUUUUUCCUAUCAUUGACAAGUGCACUCGGGAAUUAUUAAAAGACCUUUUAUCUGUUUCCUAUAAGGAAUCUAAGAUCCAACAAAGAGCACAGGAAUCAUCAAAAAAACCAGAACCACUUGGAAUUUUUCCACGAUCAUACCUUCGACGAACAACGAUGAAUAUCACAAUGAAGAUUGUUUUUGGAAAGGAAAUCAGCGGAAUUGAUGAUCCUUUGUUCAAUAGAAUUGAUAAAUUGGUAACAAGGGGUGUAAAAUUAGUAAAUAUUACUGACAGGUCAAUGGAUUUUUUUCCAAUUUUAAAAUAUUGCCCAUAUCUCAGACAAAAGAAGGAGGCUUAUGCCAUUCGCGAUGAAAUUGAUUCCAUUUACGGUGACGUUCUCGAAGAAAUUAAAAAUGAUCGAAACAAGAAACCUUGUUUUGUUAGAGAUUUAUGGGAAAGGCGUGAAAAAGAGAAAUUCGACGAACACGAUAUUAUUCACCUUUCCAAUAAUCUUAUUUUCGCUGGAACUGAUACUGUUUCAAGCAGUAUUGUGUGGUUGAUAGCCGUUCUUGCAAAUAACCCACAAAUUCAGAUUGAAGCCUAUCAAGAACUUGAUAGAGUUGUUGGGCGCACUCGCCUUCCGAAUUACUCUGACUCUUCGACUCUUCCAUACACAAGAUCUAUCAUACGUGAAGGUCAACGAUAUUGUCCACCCACAUUUGCUGCCGUACCGCAUUAUAUUGAACAAGAUGAUGAAUACAUGGGAUAUCAUAUUCCCAAAGAUUCAUUUGUAAUUAUCAAUAAUCAUGCUACUUCCUUCGAUCCAACAAGGCAUCCGAAUCCUUACGUGUUUGAUCCUAAGAGAUGGUUAGAUGUGAAUUUGACAUCAGCAGCCUUAGCAAAUGGGCCACAAGAAAAGAGGGAUCAUUUUAGUUUUGGAGGAGGUAGAAGAAUUUGUGUGGGAAUUAAUUUGGCUGAAUGUGAAUUGUUUAUUAUCCUUUCUCGACUUCUUUGGGCAUUUGAGAUUGAAAACGCCUCCCCGUUAGGUACAGAUAACAAGCCAGUACCGAUUGACCUCAGUAAGGCUACUGUUGAGUUGACUAUAUGGCCAAUGGAGUAUCAUGUCAAAUUUGUACCUAGAGGCGACUGG